AGUCAUGGACAGUUACAAUGACUUCAGCUUUUCUCCCGCUUUCAAAAGACAGAUAUUAAUUAUUAGACUGCUGGAUUUUGUGCAUUUACGAGAAAAAUUUACGAAACACUAAACGCAGGAGAUAAAUUUAACAAUGUUGUUAGAUCAUUUUCAACUUUGUUAAACUAUCGUUAAACUUUGUUCAACUAUUCCAUAUUAUCGUUUUCAAAUAUUAUCAAAGACUUAUCAUACUGUUGCUGUCCUGUUUUCUUUUUAUAUUUUCAAUGUGUAAUUGACAACCGAAUCCCGAGCAGAUCGCGUGCGAUGCUUGUAAAUUCUUACAAAUCCUAUUCGUGCGUAGAAAUCGAAACCGCCCGAGAUCACUCGAGAACCGAGCGGAGUACCGAAGCUUUCGGGAGCUUUCCCGAAACACUCAGGAUUUCGAGAUCUCGAGCAAUAAAUUGUAUCGGGAUCCCGCUCGAGAAUUCCUUCGUCCCGUCCCGAACUUCGGAUUCCCGAGACUCGAGCGGGUUUGCACACUCCUACCUCUAUAAUAUAUAUACAUAUAUAUACAUAUAAUAGACUACGAAAUUAAAGUUCAUUACAGAAAUACCUUCGAAAUUAACUUAAUUAAUAAUACCAUUACGAACAAGGAAUAUCACAGAUGUUGUAUCAAAAUAAGGCAUCCUAUUUUAAUAGAAUAUUAAUGGGGAGAGAAAGUAAUGCAUAGUUCGAAAUAACAUCGCGAGGCACGUUAUCAAUUCGAUAGGAACAACUAUGAACAUAAACGAAGCAGACUUCACGCGUUAUUUGAAGCGAUCGGUUUCCCAAUUUAGAAAAUUACACAAAAAUAUUAUUUCGAUUAAAGAAACUGAGAAAUCGCGCGACGCUAUUCGACAUCGACACCGAAUCUUCAUUGAGUAGACGAGGAGAAGAUUGUCGUUUCCUAACUUGAGGUAGUACCUGAAGGAUCUUCGUCGUUGAAUGUAGCAACGGUGUUGUUUCGAAGGUAAAAUAAUGCAGAAGCGGCGACCGUGUACGUUGAACACUUCUCGAUCCGCAGCGAAUUCACCAACCUCCACCCUUCAGGGCUCUUCCGCUAAAACGAAGAGCUUCCACGUCUUAAAUCAUCGUCGCCAGAAGCGCGACAGUUCGAAGUUAAAAACUAAGAGCGCGGAAUAUAGCGGACCGCCAUUUGUAAACAGAGAUGCGUUCGGUUCGUUGGAAUCCUUGUUUGAUGUAAAAAAGCCUUUGAACUUACCGGAGGUACACUCUUUGGCGGUCAAAUGUUACCAAGAAGGCCACGUUCCUCCAUUUGAGUCGCGGAAAUCGGGCAAUAAUAAAAAUUUGGUCCAAUUGCUACUCUCGCAACAGGGAUUGAAUCUUGAACCAUACAUCCUCGAGGAGGCUCAUAACGAUCAUAAGUACCAACCAGAAGUGAUCAAAGAAGAGUCAAACACCGAAUCCGCGGAAGUAUCAGAAAUCGCAAGUCCGGUUAACGAGGAAUCGUCAAUCAUGGUUGACAAUGAGGAAGCAACUGAGACGAAUGAAGAAGGUAAAGCCGAAGCUGAGCCUGAGAUUGACGUUGAAGCUGAAGCUGAAACCGAAGCUGAAACUGAAGCUGCAGCAGAAGAGGAAACGCAGUAUGUUCCGUCGAAAAAGGCUGAACCGCAGAUUGAAAAAAGCAAAAGCAAAGACGACGAUGCACUUCCGGGAGAGCCUCCGGACUAUCCAAUGCCUCCUGGCAUUGGCGAAGGUGCUCCUAUGAAACCUGGUGGUCGACAAGAGUCUAUCUUGAGCUCGUCCCCUCUAACAGAUCCCGCUUUGUUAGAAGAGAUGAAGAAUGCUGACGAACGUUGCACCGUUAUCAUGAAAGAAAUCGAAGAUUUAAAGCUCGAGAUCCUUGAUCUUAUGGAGAAAAAAGAGCUGUCGGAAGAGGACACGCAAUUGCUUCAACGCAAGCAGGACGAACUCUUGGCAAAAAUGGCGGAGGUUGAACAAAUAACACGAAAAUUGCAGAGUAUGUUAGGCCUGACAGACUUGUCGAGUCUCACCUUCAGUAAAAUGUUCGACAUGCUGCCGUAUCCGCACACGAAACCAAGCUCGAUAAUGGAGAAAGAAGAAGAAGAAGAAGAAGCGAAACCGAGGCCCGAGGACCUCUUCGACUUGCCUCAGAUCGAAUACCCGGAAGACAAACUUCCACGAGUGAUCGUUUGCGGUCACACGGAAGACGAGAUUCCAAAGAUCGUUGUGGCGGACAGUAAAAAGAGGGGGGCGGAUAGGUCUCUGAAAAAUCUGACGGGAAAAUUGACGGAGUCGUUGACCAUGCAAGAGAAACUGGUACUAGAGAAUGCGCAGCUCGAAGGCGGCAAAUAUAAAUUAGAGGAAGCAUUAUUGGAGAAGGACACUGCCGUCGAGAGCCUCCAAAGGAAGGUAUGCGGGCUGCAGGCUGAAAUGCGCAUAGUCGUGAAGGAGAACACCGAAUUGACCCGUCAACUAGCUUGCUUGAAUCAACGAAUCACUAGUCCUUGCUGUUACCCUUGUCCAGGUGGAAAUCAGUCACCGGUAUCAAGCCCGUCCCCUUUCCGUUCGUAUUCGUAUACCACAACGGUGCAACAGGACGACGAUUAUUGCCAAUGCAAAUGCUGUUUGCAGCAACAGUUCCCAGACAAUCCAUCCCCACGCGGCAAUUCCAUAUGCAUGACACGGAAUAGUCAAACAUUCUUGAACAGUGGAGAUUCUCCCAGGCUUGCAGGUGGUGCGUCAAGGUCAGGAGUGUUCAUUCCCAGCGGCGCUUCCUCGCAAGUCGACGAAAUGUGUUGUCGUAGUCCAGCCGCUGUUAAACAACCAUGUCCGCCACCUCCGCCAAGAGGAACAUGCCCCGAAGAGCUGGAGCAGCAGCUUCAGUCAUACGGCAACAACAGCAAACAGCUAGAACAACAAUUGGGCAACAUGGAAUGCGAAAUACGUAACAUGCAGAUAGAGCUUGCGAAUGUGCAAAGAGAACGGCAGCAAUUGGAACAGCAACGCAAAUUGUUGAAGUGCACCGGACCCUGUGCACCCUGCGGCUGUUGUCCGCCGCCCCCGUCCAUGAGCCAUCAAUCUCCCGGUGCGCAACCUUAUGUACCCCCGGCUCCGAUUAUACCACCGCCUUCCAUACCUCUGCCCAAGGCAACGAUGCCACCCGCACCUUCCUCAACCUGCACCGGUCCUUGCGUGAACGCACCCAUGGGUGCUAGCACGUGUCCCCAACAACAAUUGCGCGACCUCCGCGAGCAAUACGCGCGCCUUCAGGAUGAUUACAAGAACAAAUUGUGCGAGGUUUCGUGUUUAAGAACGGACGCCGAGAAGCUGAAGCAACAAACGCGCGAAGCGAUCGAAGAGAGAGAGAAGUUGGACAUCAAACUGAUCGACGCGCAGGAACGUUUGAAAGCGAUCGAGGCCGAGAAAGGAAAAUACGAAGGUUUUAAGGAGCAAAUGAUCGAACACGAACAGCAAUUGAUAGUGGUCAAGCAACGUUUCCGGGAGUCGCAAGAUGAACUAGAAGAACUGCGAUCCCUGAUUCAAGAUCAAGCUGCUCAGCUCGAAGACUAUCGUAAUAAAUAUUUACAGGCGCAACAACAAGUGGAGGAGCAACGUCGACAGCUUGAUCUCAUGGAGAUGGAUAACGCGCGGAUGAAUGAGAACGUGACUCUUGAAAUUGGACGAGUUAAGAAUCAAUUCCAAGAGAAACUGGCCGAGCUAGCACCAUUGCCGGAUCUGUUGAAGCAAACGCAAGUAAAGCUGCAGGAAGCGCAACAGAUGCGUUUAGUUGCAGAACGAAACUGUGAAGACCUCUCGCGGGAGCUUGUAGGCUGUAAGGAUAAGGCCCAGACCUUACAAAACCAGCUGGACGUUCUUCGUAACGAGUAUCAAGCUAUGCAGGAGGAGAGAGGAACCGGUACCGGACGGUUCGAGGAACUCGAGAAAAAGAAUUCCGAAUUGCGCCACGAGAAUGAACGUAUGAAGAAUACGCUUGCCAGGUUCGAAGAGCAUGAAGCGCAAUUGCAAAAACGCAUCGAUGAGAAAAUGCAUGAGAUUACUCAGUUGACGUCGAUGCUUGAUCAAGUUCGAGAGGACUCGGCGAGACAAGUGGCAAGAACGAAGGAGAGAUGCGAGACUGCAAGAAGGUCGAUGCAAGGUCAAAUAGCGGACAUGGAGAGACAGCUGGCCCAGUGCAGGGCCACUGCGAGAGCUGCACAGAAAGACAGGGAUGAAAUAAGACAAAAGAUGCAGGGUCAGAUAAACAACUUGAACGAAGCGUUCGAACAGGCUCAAGGGCGCAUAAGAUCACUCCAAGGUCACGUGAAUUAUUUGAAAACGUCUUACAGUAAUAUAUUCAAGGGUCAAGGAGAAGCUCCGCCUGGUAUCUUGCCUGGGGAAGCCGGUCCAGGUUUCGAUUCCUGCGACUGCAAUUACUAGUAGGAAAUUGAUCAUCGUUUUAUUGAAAUUUAAAUGGAAUCUUAUGAAUUUGAAAUUCAUCUUAUUUGGGUAUUUAGCUAAAUAUUACUAUGUCAAACAAGAUUCGCCUAAAGCGUAACAUAAAAUUGUAUAGUUUCUGUAGAUACGACUAUUAUAUCGAUACAGCUACAAUUUGUCAUCGUUAAAAAUAUGAUACAUAUCAUGAGUUGUAAUGCGAUAUAAAAAACGAUGCGUGAAAUUUGACUACGAUCAGACGUCACGUAAAUUGAUUUCCUGUUAUACAAAAUGAUGUAUAUGAUACAAUGUGAUACAGCUUUCCCCUCUGUCGUUUAAACGUGAAUAUGUUUUAUUCAAUAAAUCGAAUCACGUACUCGUACGAAAUAAAAGAAGAAAACAAGAAAGAAUUGUGAUGAGCGUGCUGACACCUUGAUUUAACGUAAUUUAAAAAUAAAACAAAGUGAUCUGUACAAGGAAAAAGCGCUUAGUUUAGAAAGUGAUAGUAGUUUCAUUAGUUCAUAUCAACAGAGUGGAGCAUAUUGAGCAUGUCGAGAAUCGCAUCUGAACGUGAUCGUACUCUUUCCAUUUCCAUCCGAAACUGUUCAAGUUGCGACUCGAUACGUCUUACGUAUGCAUGACAGCAUCUGCAAAUCAUAUAUUUAAAUAUAAUAACAAUCCACGUUUGUACAUUUUUAACGAUCGGAAGAUAAAUAAAUUACCUGUCAUUGCAUUGAGAGGAACUCGAA